GCAUGAGUAUGUAGGUGCAAAUUAAACUCAAAGCACAAAGCUACAAAUUGGCCAAUGGGUUCGGAGCAGUUCCCUGAUGUUUUCACUUGGGUCCAAAAUAUCCCUCAAAUCACAAAAUGGUCCUCAACUUCUGUCUCCUUUCGAAUUUUCCCCUCAACUUCCUCUUUCCUUUCCUCUCAUCCCUCCCUCGAUCUCUUAGCGCAGAAGAACCCUAACCCUAAAAUCCUCACAUUCUCCAUCGUCAUCCGAUCUACUCUUCCUCUGUACCUCUGGACUUCGAACCAAAUCAACAUCAAUCCCAAAUCAUCGAACCCUUUUGAUGAAGAAACCAUUGUCUCUCUCAUGUUAAACUUCAUUCAUGAUGUCUUGGGCUAUGCCUCCAACAGGACAACUUCCACCAUCAAGAUCCCUAAACCCAGCUCGUGUAACGAUCUCAAAGACAUUUUCAACCUCGUGUUUCUCACUCUUUCGUUCCUCGUAUCGGUAUACGAAACUCCCACGUCUCUCCGUGAUGACUGCCUCAGCUUUCUCAACGACCAUCUGGUUACUUGUCGGCUAAGGCAACCUUCGAUAUCUCUGAUGAAGCUUCUAGGGUCCAACUUAGAAGAACAGUGGAUGAGAUCUGUUAAUCUUGCGGUUACCAACUGGCUUGUGGGUCUUCAAGCCACCAAUGGCGGCAGCCGGAGAUUUGCAUCGUGGCCGUCGUUCUCUUAUGCUGUUUCCACUUCUGGGUUGUGGAAAGUUCAGCUUUAUUGUCCAUUAGUGGCCAUGGAGGUGGAAAGAAAAAGCAACCCAUUUGUCGAUUCGAAGCUGUUAUUCUCCUUGAACUUCCACCAGCUCGAAGGAGUGAUGCAGUUCAACUACAAGGUUGCAGUUAGAGAGAAGUGGAUCGAUGUGGUCGUCAAGAUCGACAACAUAAGAUACGAUGUAAUAAGACUUGUAAGCGAGAGACUGAUGGCGAGGAAGGGAGCAGGGGAGCAAGAGAAACAUUUCCCAUCGAGAAUAUCUCUGCAGCUAACUCCGACCCUUCAGACAAACAUCAUAAGUGUCUCCGUGAGCAAAUCUUCCAACAAUCCGGGAAGGGAGUUCGAAGUGGAGAAGAGCAUCGAAGGAGCAUUCAACCCACCAAACUCGAUAGGUCUGACAAUAGCCACCAGAGAAGCAGCAAGAGUGAGCAUGACGCCGUGGAAGUUCGAACAGUCCGUCCUCGGUUACACGGCAAACCUCAACUGGCUUCUCUACGACAGCAGCCUCGGGGGAAGGGAGGUUUUCUCGUCAAGACCCUCCAAGCUCUCGGUGAUGAUGAACCCGAGGUCCUGGUUCAAGGACCGGUACGCGAGGGCAUAUCGGUCAUUUACCAGGAGAGGCGGAGUGAUAUUCGCAGGGGAUGAGUACGGAGAGUGCGUGGUGUGGAAGGUGGGGCGAGAAGCCCUGGGGAAGACGAUGGAGUGGGAAAUCAAGGGUUCCAUCUGGUUGACCUAUUGGCCUAACACGCACAAGACUUUCUACCAUGAAACCCGGAGACUUGAUUUCAAAGAAUUUCUUUAUCUCACCAUUGCUUGACACGUGGUUUUCUUUCUGACGUGGCAGUAGUGACACGUGGAUAACAUUUUAGUUUUAUAAUUGCACAAGUUCAUUUCAUAAUUUAUAUUUUCUUCUUUUUUUAA